AUGGCUGAUAUUCGACGAAAGCUUGUUAUUGUCGGCGACGGCGCGUGUGGCAAAACAUGUCUUUUGAUCGUCUUUUCUAAGGGAACCUUCCCCGAGGUCUACGUUCCUACGGUAUUCGAAAACUACGUUGCCGAUGUUGAAGUUGACGGAAAACAUGUUGAACUCGCUCUUUGGGAUACAGCUGGGCAGGAAGAUUAUGAUAGACUUCGACCACUCUCCUAUCCAGAUUCACACGUGAUCUUGAUUUGCUUCGCUAUCGACUCACCUGACUCUCUUGACAAUGUUCAAGAAAAGUGGAUCUCUGAAGUACUGCACUUCUGCCAAGGCCUCCCGAUCAUUUUGGUUGGAUGCAAAAAAGAUCUAAGGUUCGAUUCUAAGACCCUUGAAGAACUUCGAAAGACAUCGCAGAAACCGGUCACCCCAGAAGAGGGGGAUGACGUCCGUAAGAAGAUCGGGGCUUUCAAGUACUUGGAAUGUUCUGCCAAGACAAACGAAGGUGUCCGUGAAGUCUUCGAGCACGCUACCCGCGCUGCCCUCCUCACUUCGAGGAAAAAGAAGGGCAAGACCUGCAGCAUCUUGUAA